AUCAGUUCAGCUUCUUUCUGAUACUGCGAUACAGAACUAUCAGAUACCUCUCUUUCUUUUAAGCUCGCCGGACUCCGGCGACAUGUUGGACGGUACACGCUUGCCGUCAAAUUACCGGUGACCUGAAAUCCGAGAUCCGGUCUUUUUCUAAUUAUUUCCGGUAAUAAUUCUGUUUGGAUUGCUGGACACCAAUUGGAAUAAUUUCCCGGCAAAUCUUGGUAAUUCGGUCAUAUUGCUGGGAUUCUGUUGUAUUCUUUGUUGGUGAUUAUUUUCUCUAUACUUUCAGCGUAAUUGCUCAUAUUUCGACUUCUGGUUUUCAUUUUAGAACUUACAUACAAAAAAAAAGGGGGGGGGGGUUUAAGUAUACUUUGCUUGGGAAUUGGGUUGGAAGAGUGAAAUGGCGGUAUAUAGUAUUGAUUUGUUGAAUUGAUGGAAGGGAUAAACAGAUUGAGAUUGGUUGUCUUCAAAGAUCGAAAUUGGUUUUCAGGGUAUUGGGAGCAUAAUCAAGAACUGUGGCAUAAGUGUAACUGUUUGAUGAUUAAUCAGGACUGUUUUCCUUCAGAGGAACUUGCUUGAUUUUUCUUGGGAUUAUAGCAAAGAUUGGUUAACAUACAGAAAAGUAUUUGUUUAGAUUUCAAAUUGAUGGAGGAAGAAGAGGAAGUAAUGAGUCAUUCAAUAAUAAAUACAAGGGGAGGAGUAAAUGAUGGUCGUAUGCGAUUAGGAUCAAGUGAUUCACUCUUCCCUGGUCUUAUUGAUGAUGUUGCAUUGAAUUGUCUGGCCUGGGCUUGUAGAUCAGACUAUGCCUCAUUAUCAUGUAUAAACAAGAGGUUCCAUAAGCUAAUUGAAAGUGGAUAUUUAUAUGGGCUAAGGAAGCAAUUGAGUAUAGUAGAGCAUUGGGUGUAUUUAGUUUGUGAUCCAAGGGGUUGGGAGGCAUUUGAUCCUGUGAGAAAGAAAUGGAUGGCUUUGCCUAAGAUACCUUGUGAUGAGUGUUUCAAUCAUGCAGAUAAGGAAUCGCUGGCUGUGGGUAGCGAAUUACUUGUUUUUGGGCGGGAGUUGUUUGAUUUUGCUAUUUGGAAGUAUAGUUUGAUUCGUCAUGGUUGGGUCAAGUGUGAAGGCAUGAAUCGUCCCCGGUGUUUGUUUGGAUCGGGUAGCUAUGGUUCUGUUGCUGUUGUUGCAGGAGGAAGUGAUAAGAAUGGGAAAGUUUUGAAUUCAGCAGAGUUGUAUGACUCUUCAACCGGCAAAUGGGAAAUACUACCAAACAUGCAUUCGCCACGUAGAUUAUGCUCUGGUUUUUUUAUGGAUGGCAAAUUCUAUGUGAUUGGUGGGAUGUCAAGUCCCACUGUUUCAUUGACUUGUGGGGAGGAGUAUGAUUUUCAGACAAGUAAAUGGAGGACUAUAGAGGGUAUGUAUCCAAAUGUUAAUAGGGCUGCUCAGGCUCCUCCACUUGUUGCCGUUGUGGAUAACCAGCUAUAUGCCGUUGAGUAUUUAACUAACAUGGUGAAGAAGUAUGACAAGGUAAAAAACACAUGGGAUGUGUUGGGGAGGCUACCUGUGAGGGCCGAUUCUUCAAAUGGUUGGGGCUUGGCUUUCAAGGCUUGUGGAGAGGAACUUCUAGUUGUGGGUGGGCAGAGGGGCCCAGAAGGUGAAGCUGUUGUUCUUAACUCUUGGUGUCCAAAGUCUGGAGUCAAUAAUGGAACUUUGGAUUGGAAAAUUCUCGGUGUGAAGGAGCAUGUUGGUGUGUUUGUUUACAAUUGUGCUGUUAUGGGUUGUUGAGGAUUCUUUUAGAUGGACUCAACAAAGGGUGCAGGUUACUUCAAUUUGACCUGUACUUUUAGAGUGCUGCCUGAAUGUUAAUUGAUUGACUAGAAUUGAUUUGUCACUGAGAUAGCACUUCUCUAUAUGACAAUCUGGCUUCCUUUCUUAACAUCCCUGUAUUGAAAUUUGUGUGUUUCACUUCAAGGUUCUGCAUUUUAUUUGCUUUGGAGAGUACUGAGUAGGGUUACUGGGGUAAAGCUCUGUUCUCUCGUUUUCUAUUUUCUUUUUCCCCCUUUUAGUUCCAUUCUGAUCACAGCUAAUAAAUUGAAAACCAUUAUUAUUUCC